AUGUCCAACGACAGCGUUGUCAUCAGAAGCGUAUGGGAAUCGAAUUUCCGCGCAGAGAUGAACAUCGUAAAGCAGAGAGCCAUGAGCGAUCACCCUUUCGUCUCCCUGACCACCCGUCUUCUGUUAUGCAGAGAGAGAAUCCCCGCCGGAAAAGCCUGGGGCAACCCCGACAUCAACUAUAUAGGACUCCGGGUGACUGUCAACGGGUUCAAGGACGUAGUUCAGGUGGGGCUUGCCUUGUGUGACAAGCUAGGGAGGCUACCGCUCUGCAAAGAGACGGGGAAGCCCUGUGUGUGGGAGUUCAACCUAAAGCCGCUGGAAGCUGAACCCGAUGUCACAAAGGAGGAGCGGUUCUUGAAGAAGUUCUGCAGCAACGUCAGCGCCGAGCAGUUGAGGAGCGAAGGAAUCCAUCCGGCACGCUUCGCCGCCGAUUUGCGUGACUGCGGCUUGCUCAUGAGGCGCAAGAUAAGUUGGGUGGUGUUCAAAGGCGGGCUGGACUUCAUGGCGCUGAUGAGGUCAUGGGAAACGCAGGGGGCCGAGGGCUUAACCCUCGAGUACGCGGAAUUCUUUAGGCUGCUUGCUUUUUACUUCCCCUUGUUCUACGACAUGGCUGCGGUGCUCGGUUUCCACCCUGUGUACGACAACGGGACGAUCGACGUCACCGCGCGGUCGAUUAACGUGUGGAGGGAGUGCGAGCCUGUUGAGGGAGCAGCCUCCGAUAGCCUGCUGGCGUUGCGCAUGUUCAUGCGGAUGAAGAUGAUGAAGAAGGGCUGCGAGCUGCUGGAGAAGAAGGCGAAGGUGCUCUUUGGAGUUACCUCCGAACAAGAAGCCAAAGCUGUGCCUACGUUUCACAUGGCUCCAUUUUGA